AUGACAUUCCCGCCCAAGCACCUCCAGUGGCCCUCGGCGCCGCCACUGCCGCCGCAGCGGCCGGGCAUGCCGUCGCGCAUGCUGCACUCCUUUGCCUCCUCGGCGUCCAGUCUCUCCGAGCGCAUCCGCCCCAAGCCGCCGCCGGUGCCGCCCAAGCUGCGCAUCUCGGCGCCCAUGCCGCUGGGCUCAGGCUCCAAGCAUAACGCCACAGCGCGUGGCGAGGAGCGAGACGGCCUGCCGCCGCUGCUGCAGGGCUUUGCGCUCGGCGAGCAGCAGCAGAAGCGCAUGCGCCGCCGCAGCUCCGACUCGCUGGCUCGCCAGCAGCAGCAGUCGCGUGCCGAGCGUGCCCGCUUCGUGCGCUGGCACAGCGCCGACAAGGUGCGCGCCGCCACGCCGACCCGGCCACCCAUGCCGGUGCGCUCCGCCUCGAUGGGCGCCUCGUACUACAGCACCAGCGGCCGGCGGCGACGGCUGCGAAGCUCGGCCGCCAUCCGAGCGGCUGCCCUAGCCGCCACGGCGCCGCGGCCACGUCCGGGCGUCCGCUCUCCAACGUGGGAAGCUGCUACCUCGAAGCCGCUGAUCGAUCUCAGCGGCUCGGGCUGGUACUGCGCCGACCCGGACCACGACGUGCACGCCGUCCGCGUGCGCGAGGCAGCCGAGAAGGCACGAGAGGCGCGCGAGGCAAGGCGAGAGGCGAGACGCAUCGCAAGUCUGGCCGCCGCCGCUCCGGCGCCCGAGCUGCACGAGGAUGACCGGCUGCACAUCCUUGCGCGCGGGCCCCAGAGCGCAGCCGACGCUCGCACUCGCGAGGACUGGUGGGCCGACUAG